UGUGUUCCUAGUAAGGUUGAGGACUAUCUUGAGCCGCUGAAACUGCCCUCAAUACACAGCUAUUACUCUGUCUUGGUACGAGCUAAGAGCCCACCCCUGAGUGAGACAGUCUACGUGGCUUUUCGGAUUGUGCCCAUCCUUGUCACCUCAUUCCCCUCCCCCAUUCACCACUUUUCCCAAGAUAAAUCAGCCAGGUCAGCCACCACAUUUUGAUGAAAAAGAAACAAGUUAGUCUUUUGACUGGACAAAGUCCGCCUUUCCAGGGGCCGAGGACCGGGGCAGUCAGGAGCAUGUGGAAUCGGUGCUGCAGGGGCCAAGACAAGGCUCGUUUUGUGUUCUGGGACAAAGAUAAAGUGUCCUGGCAAGAUGGGGCCAGGGCCUUUCCAGCGCCAGCUCUGGCAGACGGGAUUGGCUGGCUGUGAGACAACUCACCCCGUGUGACUGGAUGGCCCAGCUUCCCACCACCUCCUCCCCUCUCGUAAGCAAACAAUCGAGAGCGGUGAGACAGUCAUGAAAGUAAGCUCUUCACCCUUCCUGGCCACCUGGCAUGCCUGGACAUGGGCAUCCUCAGAUCCUGCCGACUGGGACUUGCCAGAGGUGACAAUAGUCCUGAAACCCUGGUAAGGAUGAGCCACACAAAGUGCUCCGCGGGGUUCCUGUUCAUUGUAAGUGCUCCUUAUUGACAUUCCUAACGAUAUUAUGAUUAUUGCGAUAGCUCUGCUCUUUCCUUUUCCAUUUUUAUUGAUUUUUUGGGGGGAAAUAUCACACAACGCACCCCAGUCCCACUCAUCUCCUAGUUCCUCCAUGUCCACAAGUCACUCUGGUAGUGCCCCCCCCCACCAAAAAGGCUAAAAAAGAAUAAAAAUAAACAAAAAGAAAAAAGAAAGAAAAAUACUUCUCGCCUCCGCCUUCCCCCCUCCCCCACCCCAGGCCCCUGUCAUUCAUCUUAGCAGCACUGGCAGCUGCUGUGUGUCAUGCAGUAGACCCUUUUGUCCGAACAGCUUUACAUGCAAAUGGUCAGGUCAGGUUCAAGGUCUCUGACUUUGGUACAUCAUCAAUACUGGACCCCCACCGACUUUCAUCUCCAAUAUCCUGCCGUCGCCCUGGGUGGCAGGAGGCAGCCACCCUGGAACCUUACCAGUAGGCCACAGCCACAUGGUGAUACACAGAUUAAUAGAAAUGGGUUAAUUUAAGAUGUAAGAAUUAGCUAGAAAUAUGCCUAAGCUAUUGGCCAAGCAGUGUUGUAAUUAAGACAGUUUCUGUGUGAUUAUUCCGGUCUUAGUGGUCAGGAAGCGAACAAGCACUCCCCUGUUACAGAUGUGUGCCUGGGUGGUAGCUGAAGUGGUCAGUUCAAGCUGCUAGGACCACUCCUCUCAGGUGAGGGGUGGAACGGGCUCUCCCAGGCCCAAGGUGAGGAGUGGGGACGAGCAAAUGUGGAAAGCCAGUUCUCUUAUUAGCAGCAGGAAUCUUCAGGGUCCAUUAUCCUAGGUCUGGGGAGUUUCAGGGCAGGCUCUCCUCUGUGUGUGUGGAGCAGGUCACUCUGGGCCAGUGAGGGGUGGGGCCAGCUCAGCAGAGCCCUCGCACUUUGACACAUGUUUUACAUGCCCCCCUGUGGUAACAUGGGCAACAGACGUCUACACAUACCCCAACUAUGGCAGGACCACAGAGCCAGAAGUGGUCACUGGCAGUAGUUUGGAGCUGGAUUUCACCAUGGCCCCAGGUAGCAGCGCAGGCCUUUCAGAUCCAGAUGUGGCCAGCAGCAGUGUGGUCCCUGGUCGCCACCCCAGCCCCAGGUGGCGAUUCAGAUCUCCGGCCGCCAUUUGGCCCAAUGGCAAUGGGAGCCAGAGACCUCAACCCAGACUCUGGCUGUGGCAGGGCCACUGACUCGGAAAUGGCCCCAAGCCUCAGCUCAGGUACGGGUAUCAAUAUGGCCCUGGGUGGCAGUGCUGGCCACGCUGGUUGAGGACACCAAGAUGGCCUCAGGUGUCAGCCUGGGCAUCUGCACUGCCUUCGGUGGUAACCAGAGCCUUGGACAUCGAUGCAGACCCUGGCUCUAGUGGGGCCACAGAUAUAGACAUGGACCUAGGCAGCAAUUCAGACCCUGACAACACCAUGGCCGUAGGUAGCAGCCCAAACCACUGAGGUUGGCAUGAUCCAGCAGCAACAUCUCCUUCAGACCCCAAAAUGGCUACAGGUGGUGGUCUAGAGGCAGAGGGGGGUGUUAGUGGCAAUGUGGAUCAUGAACAUCACCAUAGGGCCAGGCUGCCCUAGAACCCUGGACCUACACAUGGUCAUGGGUGACAUCCCUAGCCUGGAUGUCACUAUGGCCCCAGGAGGUUGCACAGGCCACUCAGAUCUGCAUUGCUCUAGCUGCAAGGUGACCGUUGUAAAAUAGCGUGACUCCAGGUGGCAGCCCGGAUCUCUGGUAUGUGCCUGGCCUUUGGUAGUACCAGGAGCCAUGGACAGCAACACAGACCUUGGCUGCAGCAGGGUCACACACCCAGACAUGGCUCCAGGCUACAGCUCAGCCUGGGUGUUACCAAGGCCUUGGGUUGCUACGCAGAGUACUCAGGUCUGCACAGUUACGGUGGCCUCCUGACCUUCGGAAAACAACAUGGCCUCAGGUUUCGGUCCAGACCCAGUUUCUGCACUGUCUACCAUGAAAACAAGAACCCUGGACAUCAACUCAGUCCUGGGCUAUGAUAGGACCAUGAACCCCGACACGGCCCUCAGCUGCAGCCCGGGCCCAGAAGUCUCCAUGGCUCAGGGUCAUAGCUCUACUUUUAAACAAAGGAUCCUGUACUUGGUUUGAGACACCCUUAUAGAGCCCCAGACUCUAGAUUGGUCCUGUGUCCAAGAAUAUCAGGUAGAUUCCUUCUCCCUGUUUGCUCCUUCUAAGCCACCUGUUCCCAGGCUCUGAAGGCUGUCCUAAGAUGAAAUUCAAUGCCAGGGGUGAAAGGGAAGGACGGCAACAGGAAAAACCCGGGGAGCCGGCGCUCACGCUUCAUAGGCGGACGACAAUGUCCUUAAGGUCGGUUUGGAGUUGCAUGUGCCACGGCGACAGGAACUUUGCAGUGCUCAGAGUCUGAUUAUAAGCUGCUGACCUCAGGGCAUGGGAGGAGAGUGUCCCUGGGUUCCCCAUCCCCCUGCCAGGACUGGGGCAGGAACAGAGGCCGCCAUUCUGAAGGUUCUGUCAGAAAGCACACGGUGGUAGGUUACUGGUUACCACCUAAGCCAAGCCCUUGAUCUGCAUGUUUGAGGAAACCCUUUGUUCCUUUCAAAUCUCUAUUCUCUCAGCUGGCUGGUACAGUGACUGGAACAGUCAGGGUUUUUUUUCUUUCUUUUUUUUUUUUUCUUUCUUCCUUUUCUCUUUGGAUUUUUUAAAAAUAACUGGUUUGUGAGUUCAGACAGAAUUGGGUUCCAGGCUUGGUUCAGGGCCAGGGACUUCUGCAUCUUUUUAACCCCUUCAAAGGCCCAGGAAAGAGGAAGAACCUGGAGACUAAUGGGGGCGGGGGAGGAGGUAGAGAGGUGCCCUCUAGCUCAGGGUCUAACAUGGUGAGAUCGACAGGGUAGUGAACAGGUGUACACAACCUAUGAUCAGCAAGGGUUUGACAGACACAGGUGGCGAAUGAUUUUUACCAUCUACAAUAAAAUAGGGAAAAUAGUUUUUUGAGUAUACUGCCAGAGGGCAGCAGUCUGAGGUACAAUUAGAGUUCUGCCUAUCACACAAUGUUGGGGGGCAGUGUGUCCAUGUUAGAGAAGCACUUUCGGUUAGGAUGAGUGUCUUGUGCACAAUUGCCUAGCAUGUCAUUCACGACAUGAAAGGGGGCAUACAGCUCAGAUUAGCCGGUGUACAGUCUAGGAGAUUAACAUGAGUUGCCACGCACAUAAUUUCCAGUUUUGCAAUCUCUGGCAUGCAAAUAAGGUCUAUGCAAAUCGUGGUCAUGCAAAUAUGGACAGCCCUGGCUGAUGGCAAAGGUUUGGGUCAUAGAGCACUUGGCUCUGUGAUAUGCAACGCUUCAAGACUGGCAGUUAGGGAUUCCUGGAACAUGUUCAUGAAGAUUCCUUAAUUGGGACUAGGCUCCAUUUUCUGGUUUCCUAUUAAUGGCCCUUCCAUUCACAAAAGACACAGAGAGAAUGAUGGGGUUCCCUAUGCUGUCUGAACUCCAGGUUCCCCACCUCUUUCUGGAGCUCAAGGAGCCCCAGGAGUCGUGGCUUCUUCCCUCUUUUAUUGCUUCAUGCCUGACAUUGUUAAUCACAUUCCCGCGAGCACUUUGGAUUCUCAGAUCUCUGAGAAUGCUUCUCAACACGGUGCUCCACUUAUCUACCACCAACUGUGGUUGGCCUUCAAACUGAGACCUUUCUCCCAUCCUGAGACAAGAUCAUCUCCAAGAGACCAACAGGAAGGAAGGAAGGCUACACCUGCUACUCACCCAGAAGGCUGGGGGCGAUUGCACAUUCUGACCCACUGUCCUUUGUGCUGUCUGUGGGGCUGGAGGCCACACCCACUCCCAGACCCUCAUCAUAAAUGACUGACUUUCUGCCUCCCACGGAUCACCGCUGGAUGCAAAGGUUGCAGAGACCCCCACAACUUGGAGAAGGUAAGAAAAAUUUUCUCUAAAUAGACGCAGAGGGUAGGAGUUCAGUCGUCUUAUCCAAGGAGUUUCAGCUGUAAGAGAGAAUGAAAUAAUACGGGUUCGUCUCAGUCCUCUGAGCAAAGCAUUUUGUACAAUUAUUGAGAUGUCUUUUAGCAAAAUAUUCAAAGACUUACACAAGUGACUGUAAAAUUCUUGGUUUCCUGAACAAGGAACCACGGAUGUUGCCAGCUGGAAAGGCAUAGGAGCUAAUGUGAAAAGAACCCACGAAAAGGGGAACAAAAUUCCUGUCAUAUUAUUUUGCGGUCUAGACUGCAGUGAUGUACUGCCUGGAUCCCUUCCAAGACGAUCAUAAAGAGGAAGAUCCUCUGGACACAUCUCAGCAGGGGGUACUGUGCCUACAUUUAAUGAGACUGAUUUAGAUACAUGCACCGCCUCCCCUUUCAAACACCUCAAUUUUAUAAUCAUGUACACCAAAUAUUCAUUCUCAUCAAUCUGAUUCAGAAAUACAGUCCAUGCCGCCUCACUUCCAGAGACUACUUAUACAAGAUAAGGAACAUAAUCAACAGGAAAUGAUUGGACCGAACCUCUCACCAUGCCAGUUCUUACGAUGCCUAUGAUUUUAAAUCCUCAGGACCCAAAUAUGUGUCAACAGUACCAAUUUACUUUUGAGUUCUCAAAGAACUUCAGAAAAUCUGAUGCCGCCAAUGGCGUGCCUGCUCUAUUUACUGAUACGUUAGGGGAAAAUUUAAGCAGGGAUAUUGUUACUCCUUGGGACAAUAAGCAAGUAUGUGAAGCUUCCGCCCAGGACAAUACUUGAUAUGGAAAGCAAGAUAGUAUGAUGAAUGUGAUGAACAGGCAGAAGGUAACCAUGGCAAUGACGUCCUUAUCAAUUCUACAUGCUUUGAGGAGGGGGACGAUAUAGCGAUGCUCUACUACAGACGAAUGUCUUGGCCCCGUGUUUUGACCCAGCACACCUUUGUGCGCUGCAAGCCCAGAGAAUUGGUCCUGAUCGUGGAGAAACUGCGGACUCGCUGGCCACUAAAACAGAAGGGUGAGACCAUCUUGGAUGUCGUCAAUCAUUUAUUAUACACUGUUUUUUUUUUCCCCAGGAUUUCCAUUACAACUAAAAACCGAUAAUGGUUCUGCUUACACUAGCAAGUGCUUUAAGGAAUUUUGCAGUAUAUAGAAUAUUAAUCAUGUUAGUGAAAUCCCUUGCAACACACAGGGUCAAGCUAUUGUGGAAUGACAGCAUCUAAUACUUAAAUGGCAAAUUUUUUAAAAGGUGGUUUAUACACCCACUUAAAUCCCUACACACCACGCUACAUUUAGCCAGGUUUACUUUAACGUUUUGCACUUUAAAGAAUAUUGCUUCUUUGGCUGCCCAAAACAUUUAGCCCUAAAGGAGAUACAACCUAAAUUAUUUGUUAAAUGAAAAUAUCUAGAAACUAAUCCGUGGAAAUGACUUAGUUAUUCUAAUAUCAGCGUGAGGUUAUGCUUAAGUCUUUCCCAAGAUGAGGUCCCAGAUGGCUCUAGCUACAGUACAUCUGACCAGGACAGCACUGAUUUAGGGACACAUUAAGACUUCAACUCAUCAAGCCAAGACCUUGGAAAGACAACAGGACACAAUACUAUUGACUCCAAAAUGAUGCUGUUAUAUUUACUAACUAUAUUACAUGUUAAUUCUCAGCUUGUCACUAUAGACUCCAAAUGCCAGUAUGUCCUUAUAGAAGACAGUACAAUGCUGUUUUGCCAUGUUGAGGACUAUUUUUACGCUUUUUUUAAAAUUACCAGUACCAGACAUGAUUACUAGAAUGCAAAAGCGGUUUCAAAAUUGGCCUGCAUGAUUAGUAACACUACAGCAAACAUGUUAGCAGAAAUCAACCAAGAAAUGGGUGAGUUGAGAACCACAGUUUUACAGACCAGAGCUUGCUGUGGGCUAUUUGUACACUGUGGAGAUUUAUUGCUGUGACUGAUGUAAUGAAAAGCUGAAUGGCCAAUAGCUAGGCAGGAGGUAUAGGAAGGAGUUCCAGGGAGCGAAAGGAAGAGCAGGAGAAAUCUAGGUGUGCGGAGAAGCCAGAAAACAUGGAGGGGAAACAGGAGGUGCGCGAUGGAAGAGAGGUCUGAGUGCCCAGGAAAUGAACGUACAGUCUCCAUUUACACAAGCUACUCUCAGUGUUACCGCCUACUUCCUGUUGCCUUCCAAUCAAGAUGUAGCCAGAACCAUACCAUGUCUGCCUGCUUUCUACCAUGCUCUCCACCGUGAUGAUAAUGGACUGAACUUCUGAAGUCUGGGAAGCCUUUCAUCUCUCUGGAGGGCCCAGAACAGAGGAUGACCACUGCAAAGCCAGUGACCUUCACCUGCACGGCUGGCCUUUUCAGCUCCAGGAACCUCAGUGUCAACUGGCUGAAGGACAAUAAUAAACAUCCAGCUUCAGCCCCAGAACUGAUGCCUAUCAGCAAAGAUGUUUACUAUGUCACAAGCAAGGUAUCCGUGGCAUUGGCCAAACAUGAUAUCUUUUCUCAGAUCACUUGUGAAGUCACCCAUGAGGACCUCGAUGAGCCCCUAACAAUGACCAUCAAUCUUUCCCAUGUGAUCCUAGUUAUCCCUACACUGAAGAUCACCGUGGAGCCCUCGCAGAUCCAAGAUCAUGCGCAUCAAAGAGUGAACUUGACUUGCCACAUAAACCACUUCUACCCCCCAGUUGGGCAGCUUGUCUGGAUUAAGAAUAAGUACAAGAUCCUGACUCUCACGCUCUCUCAGGCCACAAGGAACUCCGAUGGGACGUACUCUCUAAAGCACACACUGCAAGAAGGUGCCAUAUGGGAUGAGAGCACCUUUAUCUGCAUGGUGAUCCAGGUCGACCAGCCUCCCCUGAGGAUCAGCACUACCCUGGGAAGCCAGACCCCCAGUAAACGCAGAGCUGGGAAGCCUUUCAUCUCUCUGAGUGGCCCCGAUGAGAGGAAAAAGACAGGCAUUUCAGAUUUAGUCCCUUUUAACUGCACCGCUGGCCCUUUCAGCUCCAGGAACCUCAGUUUUAAUUGGCUGAAGGACAAUAAUGAACUCCCAGCCUCAGCCCCACAACUGGUGCCUAUCAGCAAUGACUCUUUCUACGUCACAAGCAAGGCGUGGGUGCUAUUGGCCAAACAAGAUAUCUUGUCUCAGAUCACCUGUGAAGUCACCCAUGAGGACCUCGAUGAGCCCCUAACAAUGACCAUCAAUCUUUCCCACGUGAUCCUAGUUGUCCCCACAGUGAAGAUCACCAAGCAACCUCCAGAGAUCCAUGAUCAUGCGCAUCAAAGAGUCACCUUGACUUGUCACGUGAAUCACUUCUACCCCCCAAUCAGACAGCUCACCUGGACUAAGAAUAAUAACAAGAUGCUUAGCGUCGAGCACCUGCAGACCACGAGAAAUUCCGACGGGACAUACUCUCUAAAGCACACACUGGAGGAAGAUGCCGCAUGGGAUGAGAGCACCUUUAGCUGCUGGGUGUUCCAGUCUGACCAGCCUCCGCUGUGGGUCAACAUCACCCUGGGAACACAGCACCCCACUAAGGGCAGAGGAAGGAAAGACUACGCUAACCACCUCGAAGGCCCCCUGCAGCGGUAUUCACCGGGGACAAGCAUCCAGCUGAAGUACACAUCCUCUGGGUUACCAACGCGUCAGGUUACUGUGACCUGGCUCAAAAACAACCACAGCCUUCUCCAAACCCAGACCAACGUCUUAUCCAGUGGAAACGGCUAUAAUGUGACUAGCAGUGUGCUCAUCCCACUGGAGAGCAGUGACAUCCUCUCCUCAGUUCUCUGCCGGGUUGAGCACAAAUCGUCAGUGGUUUUCCAGAAGGUCAUCACCUUGGACCAGUACCUCCGUGUUCCUCCUGCAGUGAGAGUGUCCCAGUCUUCCGCUCUCUCCAGUUUGGUGACUGUUACUUGCCAUGUGCAGAGAUUCUAUCCACGGCAUGUGUAUCUCACCUGGCUAGUGGAUUGCCAUGUGCUCAAGAGACUGGAGCAACCUACAGCCAAGAGGAAUAAGGAUGGGUCCUACACCCUGGAAAUCUUGCAAUCGAUAAACACAUCAAUGCAGAGGCCUGAUCAAGUGCUCACUUGCAAGGUAGAACACGAGGCACAACCUCCCAUCCAGGCCAGCAUUAUAUUUUCUGCACCAUCCUAUAUCACGUCCAAAGCCGUUGGGAGCCUAAGUUCAGAAAAAUCUAUCCAUAUUUUUGUGGCUUUCCUCCUAUGCUUCAAGUUACUUCUGGUGGAGCUCAAAUGGAGAGAAGAUGAAAAGACCUGUUGGUGACCCAAGACUCCUGCCCUUCGUUCUUCUACCUUUUCCAUAGGUGCGCUGCCUCUGUACACUGUCAGAGAUGGACUUGGGUUCCUUAGGGAUGCUCCAGCCUUGAGAUGCUGAACUUCAGAUGAGCUCUGCUUCCAUCCAAAGGCAGUUCGGUGACAAGGGAAACAGAUGCUCGCUGUCUCUGAGUGUGGCCAACCCUUAGUUUCCCAGUUUUCACUACUUUGUAUAAUUUCUGCAAGUGUGAUUUAAUUUUAGCAGACACAAAGCUUAAAAUGACUAGAAUGUUGAAGAAGUAUUUUCCUAUCUCAAAAUGGAUUAAAAACAAUAUAAGAUAUCUCUGGACGCAUUAUACCAUUUUGCAAAAAUAUUAACCUUUUGCUGAUAUCUUCUUCAAUUUCUUUUAGAAAUCGCCCUGCCUCUGCUGGUUUUCUUUCUCGGUCAUGGUUCUCUACCGUUAUGACAUAUGCACAGACUUUAAACAUCAUAGAGUAGCUUCGCUUUUAUUUUUCACAACAUUUAUUAUAUUGCAUACAGCAUUUUGAAACUUUAUCUCAUUUUUAUACUUACUACACCUCCUGCAUUUAUUAAUGUUGAAACAUGUAGCUGUUUUAUUCAUUUUACAGUACUCUGUGGUCUUCUAUUGUAACAGUAUGCCAUAUUUUAUUAAUCCAUCUCAUAAUGGACACUGAACCUGUAUUCAGUGCUUUUGCUAUUACAGUUUUGCGGCCUUCUUAAUCUCUAAGCACGUGGGAGAAUCUUUCUUUGUCCUCAAGCAGGGCACACAAAGCAGCAGUGUAGGUAACAUUGAUACGUUUUGUUAACUCAAAAACAAAUUUCAAUUUUGAACCUGUGCUCUCAUUUUGUUACACACAUGCAUGUGUGCGUGCACACACACACACACACACACACACACACACACUUUCUUCCUGAUGUUGCUGGUGGUACAUGUAUAAUAGGUAGCAGAGACCUUUUAUUCCCUACAAGAUUAGGUGAUCCAAUAUACACUGACAUUGCAUAUUCAAUUUCUAUAGUCUGGAGCUGUGUUGAUACACUUUAUCCAUUAAUCUACACGUCUAGCUCUGUCAAGACUAUGCUGCUUUAGUUAGAAUAGUUUUAUAAUUUUUGUUUUUUUUUCUUCUAGGAAAAUUGUUCUAAUUUUUCUCACUUAAAAUUGUCGUGGUCAUUUUUUAUUGUUUCUUUGUGACUGCUUUUGUAUUUUAAGGAAAUUAUUCAUUGUAUGAGCCUUCUGGAAAUGGCAUUAAACAUUCUCCUAAA